CAAGGCCUCUCCAUCAGUAUAACCUCUAUGCUCCUACUCUACUUCCAAUGGAAACAGUACAUUAAAUUCGAUCCGCACCGAAUCAGGAUCGGAUUGAAGACCUCAAUGGAAACUAGACCAGUGAUAUCGCGAGCGUAUCAUUCAGCUAUUCAACGCAGAAUCCAUAACGGAAUUUGAUCCAUCAGAAGCAAAUGCCUCAACUGUUGAGUCUGCUGAAUGCAGUCUAUGUUAUUUUCAAACAAUUUCGAUGUGAACAAAUCAAAUUUUUAACUGUAGUAUUAUAAUAAUAUCAACCAAUCAGUGAGUAUCUGAUAAAAAAGAUGGAAAUCUGUGUCGACUCUUUAGAAUCUGCUAAGAAUGCAGUUGAAGGUGGUGCCACCCGGUUGGAGGUUUGUUCAGCUCUUUCGAAAGGUGGUUUAACGCCAACUCCAGGUGUGAUUAAACAAAUAAGAACCUUUGCAAGAAUUCCUCUUUAUGCUAUGAUUCGCAUUCGUGAUGGUAACUUUGUAUAUACUGACGAGGAAAAAGAUGCCAUGCUGCAUGAUUUAAUGAUUCUCAAAGAUCAUUGUGUAGACGGAUUUGUUUUUGGCGCAUUGACUCUUGAUUAUGAAAUUGACAUUGUUAUAUGCAAGAAAAUUAUAUCUGCCGCUUGUCCUUUGCCAGUGACAUUUAAUCGCGCCUUUGAUUUAACAACUGAUCCAUUUAAAUCAUUAGAAAUUCUUGCCAAUCUCGGUUUCAAGAGGAUUCUGACAUCGGGACAAAAGAGUACUGCUGUGGAAGGAUUAAAACUGAUAAAAACAUUGGUGCAAAAAUCCUAUAAUUAUGGGAUAAUAAUUAUGCCUGGAGCUGGUAUCACAAAGAAUAAUAUUAGCAAAAUCAUAGAGUCUGGUGCCAAAGAAUUUCAUGCAUCGGCGAAACAAAAAAAAAGAGUUAUUCAUGAUAUAAAAAGUAUCAAGAUGGGCAUUGAUGAAGAGAACUUUGUUAAUAUAACUGAUAAGGAACUUGUAAAAGAAUUAGUCACUGUCAUUAAAACUCAGUGUAUUGAUUCAUAAAAUAAAAAUGAAUUUUAUGAAGAUA